GAUGGUAAUGUUGGAAAUGAACUCAUAAACCUUGAUAAUCAGUACAAUUAUGGAGAAAACCUCCACUUACAAGAAAACCAUGCAAGAAGAAAGAGGACAAUGGCCGAUGAGCCGCCAUUUUUACAAAACACUCCAUCUCACGCAUCGUCGCCGUUAGCAUUCCUGACGUCGUCGUCAACGUCGUCGUCGUCGAGGUCAAAUUCUCCGUCGUCGACGACCAAGAACAGUAGAAAUCCCGCUUUUAGUGAAGUAUUGGCGCAGUUGUUGGAGAGUUCGCGGGAUGGGGAUGGUUCCCCGCCAGCAAGAGUGCCUCCGGAGAGGUUAGCUCUUUCGUCGUCAUCGUUGUCGCUGUCAUCGUCGAUUCCGUCGGUACCGUCAUCGAUAUCACGUGUAGCUUGUGGCUACUGUGUUCGGAGACCGCGGCAGGAAACAAUCGGCUACGAUACAAAUGGCAAUGAAAUUAAUCUCGAUGUCGGCACCUGUCGGAAAAGAAUUCGAAAGAAAUUUCGAAGCCUUGAUUCGUCUCGGCAUCGGUGUUCAACGUGUAGUCAGUCAUUCAUGUGCGUACCAAGCAGUAGCCGCUUGGAGAGGCUUCAUCUACCGACUGGUAGCAGCGAACACCGGGUCAUUGAUGAAUGCACAUGUCGAGAGCGAAGUCCGCCUCGAUGCGUGAGGCGACCACAUGUCGUCGUCUUCUCGCCGAAUUCACGCUACGAAACGGCCAUCGACGUCGGGACAUGUGAAGGCACAUGUCAGGGAGAUGCUGAUAGUCUUGGCUGCAGACCUGUCACCAACAAGACUGUGGCAUUACGAGAUCCGAAUGGCGCCCGCACCGUGCAGACGAUACAAGACUGUGCCUGCACAUCCGGGUGUUUUCGAGCGACCCACAUGGAAUCUAUCUACACCCUGAAUACGACAUGCAACCAAACACAAGUUGUCUCCGUGGAUCUGGAUGUUGGGAAAUGUGUUGGGAAGUGUCCUCCGUCGGAGCAUUGCGUCAUACCGGGUGCAAAUGGAACAUGUAAAAUGGCUCUAACUGUCCCAUCAACAUCCUGCCAUGCCAAAUCACGUCAGAAACACUCCUUCACCCUGCCCGAUGGGCGCAAACGUAAUAUCUACUCCAUCAUCGACUGCGCAUGCCCCGCGUCCACCAGGACAUAGCCAAUCAGAAUGGUUGCUUGUCGUUUGCUUGCCGAUGAUUGGCGAAUCAAAGGGGGAUGCUGAUGAUCCGUACCCCACCCCCACCCCUUCCCCGCUCAAACCAGACGUCAUUUUCACCUCUACGCGCGUGCGACCGAUUGAUUAUGCACCAUUCGGUCAAGAUGUGACAAAGUUGCUGAUUUAUUGCUCGGACUUUUUUUUGACAAAUCCAAGAGGCUGUUGUGGUGGCGCCGAUUAAUCAAACGUUAUGGAAGCAAAAUAUCUUAUGCUUGUUCUCCUAAUUGACUAAAAUGACAAAUAAAUUAUAGAUAUUUUUGUCCGCUAAUUCUAGGCUCCAGGGCGAUUGCGAAAAUAAUUCGAGCAACGAACAUUUUGUUCAGGGGAGGGUCAGUUGUGUCACCUCCAUCCUUACUUGACGUUAGCGUGACGUCAUUAUCUAUACCCGUGUGGUGCCUCCAUGAGAAGGACAUUUUCCCAUUUUGACUGUAUCACUUGCAUGAUAGAGGUGGUAUCCAGUAUCCACCUCUAUGAUCACGUGACAUUGUAUUGCCAUUCCUCUCUCUUAUUCAUGGUAUUGUGGUUAAGUGCGCCCUCUCAAGGUGACCAACAAUAUGAAUGAAAAGGAUUAGUGGCAACGAAUUGUUAACUAGUAUGUAUUUCUGUGAUUGGUGGAGCUCCAAUGUCUCAAUGGUGGAGCUAUAGAAACUCAUUCAGAGGGUCUACAGUCUUUGUUCAAAUAUGUGCUUGCCUGACAAAAAGGUUGAAAAUAUUGUCCGUUUUUUUAAGAACAGCACAUGUGUGCUAAUUCUA